UCAUUUCGUGAGCGAGUCAACGAGACAACCGAAUUCAGUUUUUGGGGCCAAGGACAGUAUUGAUUUUUACUCAAUCUACGACAAACAAAGACGUAACUUCGUCAGUGCGGUAACGAGCAGGCUGUGUGCAUUGGACGAAGAAAAGACUUCAAAAUGCCCGAUGCAGAGAUGGGCGGGACAGUCGAGAACGUUCGGGUUGUGGUGCGCCUGCGCCCUAUGGAUCAGCGGGAAAAAAUUGAUGGCACCUACAAUUGCGUGUCAGUUGAUUCUGUAAACAACACCAUAGCAGUCACACGGAGCAACGUUUCUCCGCCGGAUCCGCCAAGGAUUUACGCCUACGAUGCCGUUUUCGAUAGCAACACGAGUCAGAUGGACAUCUACCUUCAAACAGCAAGUCCGAUUGUGGAAGAAGUUCUCAAAGGUUACAAUGGCACGAUAUUUGCUUAUGGGCAGACGGGCACGGGCAAGACGUACACAAUGGCGGGAAGUAAUUCCGCCCCAGAGUUGCGGGGCAUCAUUCCGAACUCAUUUGCACACAUCUUCAGCCACAUUGCUAAAGCAAAGGAUGAUGAGAAAUUCCUAGUAUGCGUGACAUAUUUGGAGAUUUACAACGAGGAAGUACGAGAUCUACUUGGAAACAAUCCGCACCAGAGUUUGGAAGUCAAAGAGCGACCAGAUAUCGGUGUCUUUGUUAAGGAUCUCACGGGAUACGUAGUCCACAACUCUGAUGAGUUGGAAAAGAUCAUGGCUGUGGGUAAUAAAAACCGUCACAUUGGGGCAACGGCUAUGAACAUAGAGAGUUCUCGGUCGCAUGCAAUUUUCUCUAUAACAGUGGAGAGUAGUAAGAAGGGAGCAGAUGGAAAGAUGCACGUCAAGAUGGGGAAGCUGCAUCUGGUUGAUUUAGCGGGCUCAGAGCGCCAAAGCAAAACCCAAGCAACCGGCACUCGGCUGAAAGAAGCAACGAAGAUCAACCAAUCCCUCUCGGUUCUUGGGAACGUGAUAUCAGCGUUGGUCGACGGCAAGUCAACGCAUAUCCCAUACCGGAACAGCAAACUGACUCGUCUCCUGCAGGAUUCCCUGGGAGGAAACUCAAAGACUGUUAUGAUUGCGACUAUAGGCCCAUCAGACACGAACUACGUGGAGACGAUCAGCACGCUUCGGUACGCAAACAGAGCGAAGAACAUUGAAAAUAAGACGCACGUCAAUAGCGAGCCUGGCGACGCUUUGCUCACAAGGUUCCAACAAGAAAUCGAUCAGCUGAAGAAACAACUGGAAGAAUCUGUGAUUGAUGUGGAAGGCGAUGGUGAAGAAGAACUUUCGGAAGAUACGGAAGACACGCUCACAGAUCCCGAGCUAGACGUCCUGGAUCCAGAAGAGAAGAAGAUUAAGAGAAAGAUCAGGAAAGAGGAGAAGGAACAAGCCAAGAGAGAGAUGGCACAUCAAGCCAGAAAAGUGCUGGAGGAGAAGAAGGCAGAGUUGCAGAGGACCAAGAGACAGCAAGAAGAGUUGAAGGAUAAGUUGCAACGUCUGGAAUCGAAGGUAUUGGUUGGAGGUGAAAAUCUUCUCGAUAAAGCGGAUACGCAACGGAAACUUCUGGAGCAGGCCUCCAAAGAGCUGGAACAGAGGAAGCUGAUCGAGCUACGUCUGCAAGAAGACCUGCAGAAGAAAGAGGCGGAAAGAUUGGACCUGGAAGAACGCUAUUCGAGUCUCCAAGAAGAAAAUGCCGCGAAGACCAGAAAACUGAAACGUGCUGUGCAGUUACUCAAUUCAGCAAAGGCUGAACUGGCUGAUCAACAACGUGAACAGCAGAGGGAGAUGGAAGGAAUCCUGGACGGGAUCAGAGCUCUGAAGAGAGAGUUGCAGCUCGCUGACUUAGUCCUCGACACUUACAUACCAAAGGAGUAUCAGACAUUAAUAGACCAAUACGUACAUUGGAACGAGCAACUUGGCGAAUGGCAGGUCAAAUGCGUCGCGUACACGGGCAACAAUAUGGCGCCGCAUCUCACGCACGUUGAGAAACGUCACGCACACAUCGAACCCCCAGAUCUAUCGGACCGGUAUCUCUCCUACACCGCAGUAGCUCGUUCGAGUACUCGUCUGGCGAGACCGUUAUCAGCAGUACCAAGACCACAUACAGCACUGAAACGGCAUUAAAAUUGUAUCCAUACAUUUAUCAGUUACUAACAUAGUGUAUGGUUAACUUAGAAUUUACAAAUCUAACAACGCAUCUAGUUCUGGAUUGAAUGUAUGUAGUUUUAUCGAUAAUUCGAAAGAUUCUGAUGAUUUUGAACUUGAACUUCGAAGAGAUCAUCAAAAAUCAAACAUUGUCAGCGGCUGAGGUUUCAAAUUAAUAGUUUAAAUUUUUUUAUUUAUUUAUAAAAACACUUCAUUGACAGGUGACCCUAAAUAGAACAAUAAUAAUAUACUUAACAGACGAAACACAAAAAAAAAUGAAAUUACAUAAUAAAAAAUACUAAGGCACUAACUACUACUAUAAAAAAUACUAACACUACUGUCAAGGUUAAAAGGUACCUCCUAAAAUACAUGUGCCUCAAAAAUUGAUUUUGUAUUUGUUGUUAAUAUAAUAAUUAUUUAAUUAAUACAAUUAACAAUUUUGCAGUCUAUUGAACAGCCCACAACACCACUAUUCCUAUAAAGUUCAAUUACGCCGUUGACAUAGUGAUUGAAGAGUCGAGGGAGUAGUAUUCUACCCUGUGAUACACCCCAUACUAUUUCUCGGAUUUAACGUUUCAUUUACAAUUCACUUGGCAUUUAAUAAAUGCCAAGUGAAUUGUAAAUGAGUAAAUAGAUGCAGUUAAUAAGCCGAAUAUAUAUUUUUACUGCACUCCAUGUCAUAAUCACAGUUUAAACUUUUUUUAUCACAUCAUACAUUAUCAGACGCGUUAGAUAGUUUUGCUCAAUUUUUGUUUGGCUUGUAUUAUUUUAGAUCUCAUUAUAAAUGCUAGUCACAUUCCUGUUUUUUUUAUUUUUUGCUUAUAAUAAGUAUUUUUGUAUUGUCUAUUAUAAUUCUUGGAUUAAUUUAGUGAUUAAUUCCUUGAUAACUUUGAUAUGAGGACGUAUGAUCCCGGCUUUCUUACGUAAAA